UGGGUGUCCUUGAUCAGCAGCACGAUAAGGCGUCAUAAAUACCUUCGCUGCAGCCCAUUCUCGCUCGCAUCCUCGCCCACAACCUCUUCCCCUACCACCACCACCUCCGAACGCACGACUACACCAUGUCUGGCCAGCACCAGCUCCCCGAUCUCCCGUACGCGUACGACGCGCUCGAGCCCUUCAUCUCCCGCCAGAUCAUGGAGCUUCACCACAAGAAGCACCACCAGACCUACGUGACCGCCCUCAACGCUGCCGAGCAGGCGUACGCGAAGACCUCCUCCCCUAAGGAGCGCAUCGCCCUCCAGGCCGCGCUCAAGUUCAACGGUGGUGGACACAUCAACCACUCCCUCUUCUGGAAGAACCUCGCGCCCUCCGCCUCGGAGGGCAAGGGCAACGGCGGCGUCCUCAAGGACGGCCCCCUCAAGACCGCCAUCCUCGAGACCUUUGGCACCUUUGACCAAUUCAAGAAGGAGUUCAACACCGUGACCGCUGGCAUCCAGGGCUCCGGCUGGGGCUGGCUCGGCGUGAACCCCGCCAGCAAGCGCCUCGAGCUCGCCACGACCGCGAACCAGGACCCGCUCCUGUCGCUCGUGCCCGUCAUCGGCGUCGACGUCUGGGAGCACGCGUUCUACCUCCAGUACCUUAACGUCAAGGUCGACUACCUCAACGCCAUCUGGAACGUCGUCAACUUUGACGAGGCCGAGAAGCGCUACCUCGAGGCGAUCGGCGGCUCGAAGCUCUGAGUGCGUCCUGUGCGCGUGUGUUGACGCGAAGAAGAGAGGGAACAUGACAUGUACGAUGAAGCAAAGUGGAAAACAGUGCAGUGUAUAGUGUUUGUGCAAUGACGUGUUUUUGCCCUUGU